ACAUGUAUAUGCUGACACUACGGCCAGCACGCGACUCUCCCCCAUAACUUUGAACUUCCCUUCACUGUAAAAGUAAUUCACAAAGGCUACUGUUUGUUCCUCGCCAUCUUCUAAUCCUUAACCUACCUAACUAGUAUAUUUCCCUCUUCGGAUGACCUCAUUGAGGUCCUGGUAUCUACUUUCCCAAACUAUUCAGAAGCCAGAAAAAGAGAAGGAAAGGGUAUCAAUUAAGUGGCAAGCCGUUACAUGCGGACAUCGACACGAACGUCUGCGAAGUACAACAAUAUAGUGAAAGAAGGCUAGAAAGAUGGCGGACGAACAGGUCUCUGUCACUUCGCUUAUCCUGAUAGUCGUCGUCGGCGGUCUCAUCAUUCGCUACCUUUUCUUCUCGCCGUCGCCCCAAGCACCGCGCCCGCCACGAGAUGCCCAAGCAGCGUUGCGCGCCAGAGAGGCCGCGGUAGAGAUGAUACAACAGGUCUUCCCUCAGGCCGACCGAAGGGCUAUUCUGUGGGAUCUACAACGCAACGGUGGCAAUAUUCCCGCAACCUCCGAAAGAAUAUUGUCGGGACGCAUAGAGACCCCCCCUAUCACAUUCCAACCACCGCCUCCCCCGACAUCCGCGAAUCCGGCCUCCACGGCGCAGUCACAUCCAUUCAAGUCGCCUUUCAGACCCGCCGAACCAGAUUUGAUUACUCGAUACAAACUACAGGACAAAAUUAGCGCUAGCGAUGAGGCCGAGAGUGCGUCAAAACCGAAGGCGUGGAGUUCAAAUCGGAAUGAAAGACAAGCAGCUCUACAACGAAGACGAGACGAGAUGAUUUUAGCUGCGAGGCGGAAGAUGGAGGCUAGGAUGGCGGCAGAGAAUGGCACUGAUAAUAAGCAGCAAUGACGAAUGAGUAUUUAUAGGAUUAGGGGUGGUGAGAGUAUGUUCGGAUCGAAAGUAAAUCAUACGUAUCGGAGUUCCAUCCUUAUACCCCAAUGUACUUGGCAUGUCAGGAUUCAAGUAGGCUCAGGUAUACUGUACGUUGGUCUGAGACAUGUCACAAAGAUUCGGAAUUGAGCCGCCGAUAAAAGACGCUUUAAAUAUGUA